UGACAAGAGUUCUGUUUCCAGAUUCAUUUAUUAAAUGAGAUUUAGAUAACAAAUUGUACGAGUAAUCUUUAAAAGUAGUAGUUUUAGACAUUUCUCUUAUCUAAAAAAAAAUUCAGACAUUUCAGUGUAUCAUUUAAGGAUGGGUAAAAGUUACGAACACUUUUUGGUCGAUAUUUACGAACACUUUAUAGGUCGGUAUUAAAGGAAUUGUAACUUACCCGCUUCCGAAACAUAAAAACUCGAAACUGGUCGAAACUAAAUAUUCGAGUAAAUAUGUUAGCCCCACCUUAAAAAGAAUGUACUUCCCCUCUAACCAAUACUUUUUGGCAUUACGUUCUUUUUUACACGACAGAACUCGUCUACUAAAUUUGGCUGACAAUUCUAUAUUUUUUUCUCUCACCUCGCCUCUGGUCGUCUCUCUCCACGGUUACCUUAUCUUCUCCUCUCGAAAAGGUUUUGUCAUAUUCUCUACAUUUACAGGAAAACCGGAAAAUACUAACAAUAAUUAAUACAAGAGAAAAAGAAAAGCAAAGAACCCCACUUAACUAAAAGACUAAAGACUGAACCAAAUAUUAUUAUUAUUAUAAACCAUUAUAUCCUUCGAUCAACACAAAAAUCCCUUUUGCCUUUUUGAUUGAUUUUUUUUCUUCCUCAAUCAUCAUGGAAACCCAUCUACAACAGGUGAAGAACAGUCCCAAAACUUUUCCUGAAAAGCAAAACCCUAAACAAGAAGCUUUACAGUCAUCACCUUCACCAAUAUCAUCCACUUGUUCUUCUCCUUCUCAUGACUUCUCUUUCACCAUCUCUCUCCAACCUAACGACUUAUCUUCUUCCUCAAAACUCAUAAGCUCUAGUCUCAGAAAUCCCACCAAAACGAAGUCGUCUUAUCAACAAACCGAUCCAUUCGCCGUCGACUUGUCUCCUGCAGAUGAAAUCUUCUUCCACGGCCAUCUUCUCCCUCUUCAUCUCCUCUCUCACCUCCCUGUCUCUCCUCGAACUUCCACUAGUUCGUAUAAUGACGGAUUUGCCCUCCCCGUGAAAGAUGUAUUACCUGACCAGCCCACUCCUCUCCCCACCACAAACAACAACAACAACAGUACGGAGGCCAAGAACACCAACCCGAGCGAUAAAGCAGAGAGGCUCGACGGUGAGAAUCAAGUUAAAGCUAAAACAAUAAAGUCAUUUUCUCUCUUUGGUUUAUCGAAAUGGAGAAAAGGGUUUGAAGGCAACGAGCGAGAACAAGAGAAACAACAGCAGCCGCAGCUGCAGAAGAAGAAACUUAUGAGUUUAGACCUAAGUCAUGCAGUCAAGAAGUACAUAAAGAUGUUGUUUCAGAAGAGAGGAAACGGCACGCAGUUCAGGAACAGAAGACAGACUUCUUCGUAUUCCUUCUCUUCCUCUUUAAUAGGUUCAAAAGAAAACAGCAAAACAUUGAUUAAUGGAUCGAGAGAUCUUAUGAAAGCCCGGAGAGGUGACUUAUUCUCGGCUCCGGCGUCCAUGAGAACAUCUCCGACGAAUAGUGGCCACUUACGUGUCUCCACGGCGGGGCUUUCGUCGAGCUCGGCUUCUACAUCAUCGUCAAGUGAUAGCACCAUGGAAGAGUUGCAAGCCGCUAUUCAGGCGGCCAUUGCUCAUUGCAAGAACUCAAGCGCCGUUGAUCGUGAUGAUAAGGUUAAGGAUUCUUGAUUUGGUUUUUACUUUUUGUCCUGAAUAUGCUGUUCGUUCUUGUCAGAAGAAAACAAAUCGUUAGUGUGUGACGUGGAAUUAAAAUUCACAGUAGAGUGGUCAUUGUAGUAUUUGUUUCCGUGUAUAGAAAAAGGAGUUACUAUUCCUACACUACACUACUUGUCUCCAUAAUUCAUUUUUAUAAAUAAUGAAAAACAUCAAUAAUGAUAAAACAGAUUUAUUUUAUAAGGAAAUGGGACAACUUUCUUUAAAUAAUACAAAGAUAACUACAAGUACAGGCUGGGUUUAUUGUUUGUUUCCACAAAUUGGGGAUGACCAAACUGAGAAAGUUAGGGGAUCUUCAUAAUGAAAAACAAAAGAUGAGAGACACAAGAAAAAAAACUGUUUACACAGCAUCUAAAAGCAAGUCUGUCACACCCGUAUCUCGCUUAACCGAGACAGUAUGAAUUCACAUUGCCUUCACCAAUAAAAACACUUAAAAAGACCAAUGCAAUUCUCAUUCCCAAGGAUCGAAUCCAAAUGUCUUACAAAAUCGUACUAAAACGAAUAUGAAACGCUUAAAACCAAAUCACCAAGUCUUAAAAUGAAAUAACUUAAAAAAAACCAAACACUCUAAGAGCCAGAACCACACCAAGAUGACUGUUCCGACACUUCUUCGAACUCACCUGAAAAGAAAGGAUGACUGAGUAUUUCGACAAAUACUCAGUGAGGGAAGCUCUAGGAGCCCUGAAAUUAAUCACCAAUAAUCAUCACAAAACGUAGCAUAAGUAUCUAACUUAAACAUCCAAUAAAGCAAAAGCAAGCAACAAGAAACGAAGAUAACCGCGACGUUGCUAACUUGAGACUAACGCCACAUCACGCUAUCUCCACGCCUCUCAUGUUGUCGUGUGUGAUGUCACCACAUCAAGAUGUCUCCAUGAGUUCCACACCUUCAUGCGAUCACGCCACAUCAUGCUGUCUCCACGUGAUCCGCACCACCACAUUCACACGAUCACGCCACAUCACGCUGUCUCCACGUGAUCUGUGUUACUACAUUUUUACUUCACAUACAAGCAUGCCUUAGGCCCGCUCCGACGAUGAAUCAUGCCAACUCACACGGUCGCCAGUCAAGAAAUAAUGUAAUGCCCGAGACAUACAAAUACAUCAUUCUACCACGUUACACCGACACACAUAUGCCUUAAGCCUUUCUCUAACUCAUAUACAUCUUCCACAUAUACAUCACCCACAUAUACCAUAACCCCAGUCAAUACAAUCAUCACAUACAAUCCUCAAACAUCAUUCAGCAAUAGAUCUAUGUCUUUCACACAUCAGGCAUCAAGAUAUGUAUCAUUUAUAUAAGUGUAUAUAUUAAUAGAAGAAAAAGAGUAGAAGACUAAAGGAACCGACGAGAAGGGAUCGAAACACUGCAAGAACUCCUCUCCGGUGAGGCUACGCGGUGGUCGGUGGAGGUUUGGUGGCCGGCGGCUGCUCUCUCUCCAACUGGGCAGGGCUUCGCUGUGUUUUGUAUCUGUAGAGAAAUAUCUAAGGACUGCCUCCUUUUUAUAAAAGAGAAAGGAGAAAACAUUAGGAUUUUCUCUAAAUGGACCAAAUCAUCAUGGGCCUUAUCAUUAAAUAUUAGGGCUCCGACCCGGGAUGUGACAAACUCGAUCGCUCAAGAAUCCCAAAUAGUAUCUUGCAAGUUCUCUAAAGCUUUUCCAACUUUUUAAAUUGAUUAUUAGUGGUGAGAUCCAGCGUUAAAGAUGUCCUAAUACACAUAUCUUUUAUGGGAAGCCAAUUCAUGGAUAAAAUUUGUAGCAUAUAUGAUAUGUCUCAAUUAUCGAAAGAUAUCAUAUUAAUAUAUACAACUAUAAACAUUCCAAAGAUAUCUGAUGCAUAUCGGAUUUGGAGUGAAUUAUUUGGUUUAUGGAUUAUCGGUAAAUAAGAAAUAAUUAUUAAACUAAACUAUACAAGUGACUGGUUGAGAUGUAGGAACUACCUUUGACUUCAGUUUUUACAAUGGGGUUGGUCCACAUUUUUUGUGGAAAAAUUGUUUUUAUUAAAUUUUUCUUUUUACAUUUGUUUUUAGGGUUGGCUGCCUAAAACCCCCUGUAGACUCACACACCCUACUUUUUCCUCCCUGAACUAUCAAACUCUUCAUAAAUCUACCCAAUGAUAGACUUUCUCUUUAUAUCUCCCCCUAAACUUUUUUAAUCCCCCUCCCUAACCAAUUUUCAAAUCGCAAUUAAAAAGAAACAAAAACGCGUUUAGAAAAUAGUGAUUACCUAAUUAAAAACAAAAUCUGACCCGAGUUAACUUAAAAA